UGUUUUUCACCGAUGAGUUUUCACUACUUCAAAAAGCUCAAAAAAUCUUCAAACCGAAAGCCAGCAUUUCCAAAUCCUCGAAUGAAUACGUGCAGUUUAUAAUUUCAGCAAUUAAAACUUAAAUUUUGGGUGUAAAUUAAGCUACCAUGUCGAAGCGAGGACGUGGUGGUUCCGCAGGAGCCAAAUUCAGGAUCUCUCUUGGUUUACCUGUAGGAGCAGUCAUCAACUGUGCUGAUAACACCGGAGCCAAGAACUUGUUCGUUAUUGCUGUUCAUGGCGUUAAAGGACGUUUGAAUAGAUUACCAGCCGCUGGUUGUGGUGAUAUGUUUGUAGCCACUGUCAAAAAGGGUAAACCCGAACUCCGUAAAAAAGUAAUGCCCGCCGUAGUCAUCCGUCAACGAAAGCCUUUCCGCAGGAAGGACGGUGUAUUCAUUUACUUCGAAGAUAACGCUGGUGUAAUAGUCAACAAUAAAGGCGAAAUGAAAGGCAGUGCCAUUACUGGACCAGUGGCUAAAGAAUGCGCAGAUUUAUGGCCUAGAAUCGCAUCUAACGCUAGCAGUAUCGCUUGAUUGUAUUUCUUUAUUUUACAACCCGUGUUUUUUUAAGUUUUGAAAAUAAAAUUUGAAACUCGUAAA